CGGUCCUUGGACACGCCCCCUCUUGACACCCGCCCCACAUUCUAACCCCUAGCCAUCUUGGACAUAUGUUGGAAGACACGAAAGCGCAACCGGAAUUCUUCACUGCGACCUCAGCAUGCUCUCUGGCCGGAGUGGCUACCAUCGCGCUCAUAGCGAAUUUCGGGGCCAAGAUUCUACUCCCCAGGUCGGUGAGAUGGCAGGACAAGGCGACGUUCAUCUGGCUGGCGUUUGAUGCUUUAAUCCAUUUCUCGUUCGAGGGGUCCUUCCUGUACCUCUCGACGUUCGGGCGACAGGUCAAUACCAGCGUCGGGCCCUUCGCUGAGAUGUGGAAGGAAUACGCCCGCGCAGACUUCCGCUGGGGCUUCUCCGACCCGACCGUCGUCUCCCUGGAAAUCCUGACCGUCCUCGGUGCGGGCCCGCUGUGCUGCUGGAUCAUCUACCAGGUCGUCAGGGAUGAUCCUGCGAGGCAUUACUGGAUCGUCGUCCUGAGCACGGCGGAGCUGUAUGGCGGCUGGAUGACGUUCUGCCCUGAGUGGUUGACAGGAAGCCCGAACCUGGACACGUCCAACCCCCUGUAUUUCUACGUGUAUCUCAUCUUUAUGAACAUCAUAUGGGUGUUCGUCCCCCUCUGGCUCAUGGUAGAUUCCUACGGCCAUAUCGCGAAGUCUUUGCGAUUGGCACAAGCUAGAACGAGAUCGAAAAAGGAAUGAUAUGCAUGCCACUCGUCAGCGGUACCACACAGACGCGCAAAUAUGCACAACUAGCGGGGGCCAUAGCGUAGCAUAGCAUACCGCAUCUAACAGUAAGGUACGAAGUAUACCCGGCCAAGGAAAUGUUAUGCUGGGGUUCGGACAACCGUAUGAAAAUCUUUGCUAUUGAAGGUCAUAACACAAGUAUGCUAUACAAUCGGCGAAUGUAGCCAGGCAGUAAGGGAGGGUAUCGUGAUUUUACAUUGAGGAGAUACUGCUUUACUUGUCCUUCUACGACCUAUCGCACAUCGGUCUGACUAUCAUUGCUCUAUGUCGUGCCAUUGAUCUGGUUAACGGUUUCUUGCGCGCUGUCCGAGGCGGCGCUGGUUGCGUUCCCCAUCACCUGACUAGCAGUGCUCUGCACGCCGGCGAUAGUAGAGCUGACACUCCUCUGCGCCGCGGCGGCCUUCUCUCCCGCCGUCACGGCCACCCCGGCCAGCGUGCUCUGCUUCUCCUGGGGCUCCCUCUCGUCGGGUAACUUGGCCACCCCUGCCUCGCCGAUCCUCCCCGGCAGUGCGCCG